ACCAGGAAGUGGAUUCCACAAUAUUUCGUUAACGUGACAAUUUGGGGAGAGCUUUUGCAGAGCAUGUUUCUAUGAAAAUUAUAGGCUAUUUAGUCUAAAUUUCUCCAACUUUAAAUAAAUUAAGUUAUCCAUGAAGGGCUUUAUUGACUGCCACUGUCACAUCUCUGCAAGAGAUUUCGACAAUGACAUAGAAGAUGUGAUUGAGAAUUCUAAAAAGGCUGGGCUUUUAGCCCUACUAGCAGUAGCAGAAAAUGUUGGAGAGUUUGAAAAGAUUAUACAGCUGUCACAGAGGUUCCCAGGCUUUAUUUUCCCUUGUUUAGGUGUCCAUCCUAUACAGGGGACAGCUCCUGAGCCACAGAGAGGAGCCGUACUCCAGGAUUUAGAUGCUGCUUUGCCCCUGAUAGAGAAAUAUAAAGACCAUCUUGUUGCUAUUGGGGAGGUAGGCUUGGAUUUCACCCCCAGAUUUGUCAGUGGUGACGCAGACAAAGACAGUCAAAGACAGGUGCUUAUUCGGCAGGCAGAGAUUGCAAAACAACUGGACCUUCCGCUAAAUGUCCAUUCAAGAUCUGCAGGCAGACCUACUAUACACCUGCUAAAGGAACAAGGUGUUGAGAAAGCUCUUCUUCAUGCUUUUGAUGGGAAACCCUCAGUUGCCAUGGAGGGAGUAAAGGCUGGGUAUUUCUUCUCCAUUCCUCCAUCUAUAGUAAGAAGUGAACAGAAGCAGAAGCUAGUGAAACAGCUGCCGUUGGAGAGCAUGUGUCUAGAAACCGAUUCACCUGCCUUGGGUCCGGAGAAACAGGUGAGAAAUGAGCCAAAGAAUAUCUCUGUCUGUGCUGAGUACAUCAGUAAGAUCAAAGGGGUUCCCUUGGAAACGGUGAUGGAGGUGACGACACAGAAUGCCCUGCGCCUGUUCCCUAAGCUCAAGACAUUACUCAGAACCUGAACAACCAAGUCCGGGUUUCAAUCCAAGGCAUGUUACAUAGUAGUGCAUGGCUCUUGACCUAAUUUACGCUUAAGGGAAAGGGGGAUACUUAGUCAGUUGUACAACUGAAUGCAUUCAACUGAAAUGUGUCUUCCGCAUUUAACCCAACCCCUCUGAAUCAGAGGGGGGCUGCCAUAGUCGGCAUCCACGUCUUCGGGGCCCGGGGAGCUGAC